AUGCUGUUUACACUUGCUGAAUUGGUGCGGUGGCUUGGGGUCACAAUUUGUGAGAUGUGGAUCCAGACAGUGGCCAUUCUCAUCUUCUCCCUUCUCUUGCUCCUGAAACUAGACUUGGAACUGGAAAUGUCUUGGUUCCUGGUCUUCCUCCCACUAUUCAUUGCUGAUGGGUUGAAUGCCUAUUUCUGCAUGAUUGUCUUCAUUCGCCAGUGCCUUGAAGGCACAGUGAAGGCAGCGUUCUUGCGUGCAGUGUGGAGCUACACGAUCUGGGUCCUCAUCUCCCUAUUUCAGUUCCUCCUGUGUGAGAAGCUGGAAGGGAAAAAUAAUCUUGGAUACUCUGAGGUCAUGGCUGAAGUAUUUGUCCUCAUGCAACUCUUCAUGCAUUUAAUUGACCUUGUCCCUGGAGUCCCCAUUCUCCUCCCCUGUAUCACUAUGGCUGGGAAGGUGAAAAAGCGACCUGCUGGAGGUUUGAAGGUCAACAUUUCUCAGUCACCUCCUCCAGCCAUUCGGGCUCCACGAGACCUGGAUAGAAGGACAACCAUUACCCUCGGUGACACUACGUUUGACUGUGAUUGUGAUGAUCUUGUACCCCUGGAGACCUUGGGGCGGGGUGCAUAUGGUAUUGUGGAGAAAAUGCGCCACAUCCCAACAAAUACCAUCAUGGCUGUCAAACGUAUCACAGUGACGGUGAACAGUCAGGAGCAGAAACGGGUGCUGAUGGAUUUGGACGUCUCGAUGCGUGCAUCUGCCUGCCAGUAUACAGUCCAAUUUUUUGGGGCCCUCUUUCGUGAGGGAGAUGUCUGGAUCUGCAUGGAAGUCCUGGAUAUCUCUCUGGACAAGUUCUAUCACCGGGUCUAUAAGCAUGGCCGCGACAUUCCUGAGCCCAUAUUGGGGAAGAUUGCUCAUGCUGUGGUGUCAGCACUUCACUACCUUCACACGGAAUUGAAGGUGAUACACAGGGAUGUGAAGCCAUCUAACAUUCUCAUCAAUCGGAAAGGACAGGUGAAGAUAUGCGACUUCGGAAUCUCAGGCUACCUGGUAGACUCUGUUGCCAAAACCAUAGAUGCCGGCUGCAAGCCAUACAUGGCGCCAGAGAGGAUAGAUCCCAAGGGAAAUCCCUCGUGCUAUGAUAUUCGCUCUGACAUCUGGAGCCUUGGGAUUUCGAUGAUCGAGCUAGCAACGGGAUGCUUCCCGUAUCGAACAUGGGGUACACCCUUUGAUCAACUGAAGCAGGUCGUUGAGGAUGACCCCCCAAGACUCCCUCCAAACAAAUUCUCCCCAGAGUUUGAAGCCUUCAUUUCUCAGUGCCUCCUGAAGGAUGUCCACAAGAGGCCAAACUACACCCAAUUACUGGAGCACCCUUUCAUCGCAAGACACGGAACGGUGGACACGGACGUGGCUGGAUUCGUUAGUGAGAUCUUGGACCUCCCUCUCACGGAUGAGGACAAGGCCAAGAAUUGAGGCCAUCCCAUUUCACAGUAGUCCCGGGCUGGAGCCCUAGAGUAUUUCAACACCGUCUCUCCAGUACAACGACCUACGAACCUACGGCAAAAAAAAUUCACACACACGCAGAAGCCAUUUGUGAUAUGGAAGUGAAGGAGACCCUGCCACUCUUGUGCAUUUCUUUGCUACCCACACACAUUUACAAAAGAAACCACUAAUGACUUUCAUAUUGUACAGCAGUGAGUCGGUUGAGUGCUGAUUUCACUAUCACUCAUGAUCAUGAAACCUGUCUUGAAGUAUGAAGGUAGAAUGACAACUGAAAUUUAUUAGCAUUAGGCUUACAGAGAAGAGAGUGAGAGAGCAAAUGAAAGAUUGAUAUUCUGGAAAUUAA